AUAUUAUGAUCUGACAAUUUCUCGAUAAAAAGAGAUUUGGUUGUCAUGGGAACAGCUUCAAAAUGGCGAGCGUAGUUGGCAUGGAAGAUCGGGAAGAUUCCGUAAUUGAUGGCCAGCGUAUGUCCUUACUAGAUAUGGUAGAAGAAAAAAAUAGAGUUAAUAACAAAAAAACUCUCCUGCACAGGUUUGUGUUUGUGGCCAAGUUGAACCAGAACAGCACAGAGCAAACAGAAGUAGGAGAAUAUUAUGAUAGCCUUUUCAAGAAUCUCCAUAACAACAAUCAGAAUGCAGAGGGUGUGACAGGAUUGAUGUUGGUGUAUCCUCGGUUGUGUGUCCAUGUAAUAGAGAGCUCAACUGAAAUGUUCCAGGAGAUUCUGAAAGAUUUUUGCAGCAAUAUUGAAGAAGGAACUGGACACAUAGAGAAUGCCAAAGUUCUCGUUCUUUCUCAUGAUAUUCCAGUUAGGUUAUACCAACAGUGGAAUUUCCGCAUUUUAGACAUUCGGGCGCCCUCUGGUGAUGAUUAUGAGACAUCAGAAAGUACAUACAAAGUUGCCACUGAUCUUGUGAUACAACUCCUGAAACUUGGCAGCUACCUAGCCAAACAACCAAAGCUCAACUUAAAGAAUGCCAUGGAUUCACUACAUGAAAAAGUGCCAGAACUACUGCCACAACAAGAUAUAAUAGCUUACCUGGUGGAGACUGAGGAUAGUUGUAUUAGCAAGCCAUCAGACUACCUAAAUAAGUACUAUAGAAUCCCGUUCGAUGUCUGUCUAGAAAGUGAAAAAUCUUGGCCUAUGCCUACUAGACUGUUUCCGUACAACUGAGUCUGGAAAAAGAGACUUUAAAAACAUUAAAAUAUCAGUUUACAUUCUCCAUCACCUGGCAACAUUACAGGCUCUCUAAGACUAACCAUUGACCCGCAACGAAGACAUUUUGGCUGAAACAAACUAAAAUCAGGGGAAUACAUAGACUUGAUCAUCGAAGAUCAAAUGGCAUUGAAUUGAGGAUAUGAACUGAUACAACAUGGUGGAUAGUAAGAAACAUAAAACAUUAGAUGUUUGAAACAUGGUGGGUAUACGAGUAGACUGUCAGUAACACUUGUGGGUUAUGGACUGACAUAGAACAUAGUGGGUAUUAACUAACAUUAAACACUGACAUAAAAUAUGAUAGGUAUGAAUUGACAUAAUAAAACAUUGUUGGUAU